UGUUCAUGAGCUGGCUACAGGGCGCCUUGGUAACCGGCAAAUUGUGACAGUUAAUUUAGAAGUCGUUCGGUCUGUUUUUAGACAAUCGAAGCAGUUGUAAGCGAUCAUAUUUGCGUAGUCGAGUAGUGAACGCUGUACAGACGUCAUAUCCAUCGGUUAUUCAAGUGAGAAAUGGAGUCAAACCCAACAGGUAGCCCGGGAAUGAACAAAUUCAAAGAUGCUCGGUCGCCGGAAACGCACGUAAACAAGCGCCAGGCUCCGGAUUCACACUGUGGCACAGAUGCAGCUCGCGCCAGGUGGACCAUCCUCAGACAGGUAUUGAGACAGAAGCAACUCGACAAUGUCAAUGUUCAGUCAGUGUCCGUUCGCCGGUUCUCCUCCUUCAACCUGUUCUCCAGGGCUGAGGUUCCUUCUCUUGAGAGCGAUGGUCCAUCUGAUGGGAGGUGGAUUGAGUACAGAAGUGCCUGUUUUCCCCAAUACAGUGCCUUAAUCAGAGACAGCCAAGGGCCAAUCAAGAUGGAGGAGGUGCUCAACAGCUUCGACAACACCGGGAAUGUCUGUGUUUGGCCCUCCGAAGAGGUGAUGACCUACUACUGUCUGAAGAAUCGUCAUAUGUUUAUGGGUUCCUCUGUGUGUGAAUUAGGUGGAGGGAUGACAUGUCUUGCUGGGCUCAUGAUUGCCGUUUGUGCUGAUGUGAAGGAAGUGCUGCUAUCUGAUGGGAAUGAGAAGGCCAUUGAGAAUGUGCGUGGUGUUAUCGAGAGGAAUAGACAAGCCGGAAUGUUCACCUGCACCAACGUGUCCAGCAGGGUGGUGAGAUGGGACAGCGAGAGAGACGUGGCCGCGAUGGAGGGCCGCUUUGACGUGGUCAUGUGCGCUGAUUGCCUGUUCCUUGACCAGUACAGAGCCUGCCUGGUUGAUGCUCUAAGGAGAUUACUACGGCCUGAUGGCACAGCAUUGGUGUUUGCCCCUACUAGGGGAGACACACUGACAGAAUUCUGUAGACUGGCAGAAAGAGCAGGACUCCUAGUGUGCCGCUAUGACAAUUACGACUCGAUCAUAUGGGAUCUGCAUAUAAAGAUGAAAAGAGAGGGAAAGGAGGCAUAUGACGAGAACAUCCACUAUCCGGUGCUGCUUACCCUCACCCACAUACCCAGUCCACACCUGCUGUGAACCUGGCAGACCUCUGCUGUGCCACCCCCUGGCUCUGCCACUGUGAUACCCAGGGUUUACUCAACCUAGCCUUUUUUUCCACUCUUAUGUCCAUAAUGCUUUUAAAACACACAGUAGGUGUUGGAGUGUGUGGGAUUCUACUGCUGUGUGAACUCACGCCUGACCUUGUUUCUGUGCAAUAAAAAAAAAAGUGUGUUAAA